AAGAAGUAACCCACGCAGAUUUGAUCAAUAAAACUCCAUGUUAGGUGUAAAUCUGAUACCAUUUUUGUGUCGUGUCUGAUUGAAGAACAAUCGAAUCCACGUAGUUUUUUACUAUUCUGGAAAAAUCGUACGUGUAAAUUUCAAAAUGAUUAAAGCGAGUUUGUUCUUUUGCGCCAUUUUCGUUCUGGUUCAAUAUGGAAAUUCGUCACCGGAUGAAUUCGGAAGUUUCUGGGGACCAUGUCCAGCGAAGCCAUCGGUCAACAUCUCUUCCAGUGUUUCUUACAAACAGAUUACUGGGAAAUGGUACAUUCAUCAAGUAUUAGGCCAAUAUUCGCCGUGGAAGGCUUUCGAAUGCCAGAAUAACAACGUUCUCUAUAAACGGAAAGAAAAAACUGCCAAUGUUACGAGCCGAUUCGUGGUACCAGGGGUAGAACUACCAGUGGAAUGGAACGGUACACUCUCGGCUGUCAACUCGAGUAUUGGUAAAUUCGAGGCUUAUUACAUCACGAACGAUGGCUGGCUCUUUUUGGAAAAUUCCCAAAUUUUACAAUAUUACCGUAAGGGGGCUGCUCUGGCGUGGACUUGUUUGGAAUUCGGAUUUUUUCACAUUGAAAGCAUAUCAGUGAUGACCAAGUACCAAGAUCCCAAUGAUACCAGAAUCCCACCAUUCAUUUACACGAAUAUGUACGAUUCUCUUCAAAAAGCUGGAGUUUCGCCUACUUGGUUUGAAUUGAUUCCUCAAGACAAUUGCGAUAAUCGGAGUUUCUCUGUUUUUCAAGCUGUCUCAGUCGCCAAGAAUUUGCAGUCUUUUGUGCCAGCAAAGUACUUGAAAAAAUUGAAUGCAAUUUUUGCGUAGGUAGCUAACUUGAGAGUGUUAGAAUCGUCAUAUUCAUGCAUUCAAAUCUUUGGAUUUUUCAGUUACCUAUGUAAAUUACCUGUAUAAAUAUUUCUGUUGUUUUAAUUUAAUUGAAAUUUCUAUUAUUUUAAAACUUAAAUUCAGUGAAUAACUAAUUAAUAAGUAUGUUUUUAAUCAGUAGAAAAUGAGGUACGUAGCACUUUGAAACAAAUAAAAACAUGUAGCAAGCAGAUA